AUGGCCAAGUCAGCAGCAGCCAAGGGCAAGGCCCCCAUCAAGGACAAGAACAACAAGCGAAAGAGAGAUACCGAGGAAAAGGCCCAGGAGCAGGCUCCAGCGUCGCUCUUCGGCGGCGUGAAGGACGCCGAGCUUGAUGAUAUCUUUGCCAAAAGCAGUGCAUUCGCCCAACCUGCAGCUUCUGCUCCCGUAGCAAGCAGCUCGAAGGCUCAUCUGCAAGAGACUUCUGCGCCUGUUGCUAAGAAGGGCAAGAAGUCUGCUCCCGCCCCUGCACUCGACCCUGAGCCCGAAUCCGAGUCCGAGUCCGAGGAUGAGGUUGAUGAGGAAGCUCAAGAUAUCAGCGACGACGACGACGCCAUGAGCAAUGCGGCCACAUUGAGCGAGCUUGAUGAAGAGGAAGAGGACGAAGAUGAGGACGAAGACGAGGACGAGGACGAGGACGAGGACGAGGACGACGAGGUGGCCCUCGAAGCUGCCAAAGCUGCUCAAGAGGCCAGGAAGGCCAAGAAGGCUAAGGUUGAGAAAUUUGUUCCACAAGAGGAGUCUGCGGCGGACAAGAACAGAAGAACCGUCUUUGUCGGUAACCUGCCCAUUGACGCUGCCAAGUCCAAGGCAUGUAUAUCUACAGUCUUCGCACACAUCAAGUCCUUCGUCCCUACUGCCAAGAUUGAGUCUGUCAGAUUCCGAUCUGUCGCCUUUGCAACUCCCACCGACUCUGUACCUACCGAGGACCCGGAGAAGGAUGCUAUCAGCCGAGCCAAGAGGGAGAAGCUGAGGACCGCUGCUUGGAGAAAGAAGGAUGACAAGGAUGACGAGGCGGUCGACGAGCACAAGGUGUUCAUUGACGCCAAGGGAAAGAGAAAGGUCGCCUUCAUCAAGAAAGACUUCCACCCCGACAUCGACUCUUGUAACGCCUACGUUGUGUUCGGUCACCCUCACCCUGACCGUGCUGCCAAUGUCGCUCCCGUCAUGAACCCUUACGAUGCUGCUACCGAGGUCAUCUCCUCCGCCAAUGCCUCCACCUUCCUCUCCCGUACUCUCCGUUUCGACACUGUUCGACUUCCCUCGUCUGUUGGUCUUGCCUCUGCGACCAACGCCCUCAGCAAGCGAGACGCCUGGUUGCCCAGCAAUGCGGACCCCAAGAAGAGUCUGUUUGUCGGUGGACUGGAUUAUGCCGCCAAGGAGGAAGAUUUGAGAGUGUACUUUGAAGAGCUGGUCAAGGCCGAGAGAGGCCAGAACAAGGAGCUUGGCAAAUGGGUGACUGGUGUAAGAAUAGUAAGAGAUAAGGAGACUCAGUUGGGCAAGGGCUUUGCCUAUGUACACUUUUCCGACCGGGAAAGUGUGGACGAAGUGCUUGCGAUGGACAAGGACAAGAUCAAGUUUGCCAAGCGCAAGCUUCGUGUCCAGCCUUGCAAAACCCUUCCCUCUUCCAACACCCUUAACAACACCAUCAAGAAGCUCGGUUCUGCUGCCGCCAAGGACGGCAAGGCGAGAAAGGCUUCCAAACCCCGCGUCAAAGCUGGUGCUGUUCCGAAGGGUGACCCUGCUCUUGGUGACAAGCUCAAGGAUCUUUCCAAAGAGGAACGAAAGACUUUCAAGUCGGCCGACGCCGACAGGCAAGCGCGAAGGUUGGCCAAGAAGAAGGCGAAGAAUGCGACGGAGAGGGACAUGUCAAAGGGCAAGGUGAAGGUGACUCUGACAAAGGGAGAGCGAGAGAAGACGAGUGCGGCGAGGAAGGGUGUGGCGAAGAAGGGAAAGAAGAGGACGCCAGCUGCUAUCGCCAAGAUGAAGGGUUCAAGGACGUAG